AUGUAUGCGCGGGGGGCGGCGGCGACCCUGGGGGCCUUGGCGGUGCUGGCUUUGGCGUACAUGGUCUUGCAGCCAGCUCCCAUCGUGCUCGUGGACACUUCCGACACGGCGCUCCUCGAUCAAGUCUUUCUCUCUGGUGAUCCUUGGCUGGUGGCCUGCGGCGAAGGACAAUACGGUACCCCGCCAGAACUGCUAUCACUGGCCGCCCCACGCCUCGCCAAGCUGGGCGUCUCGGCCGCUACCAUCAACUGCAGUGCUACUCUGCCCAGUGGCAAGACCGUGACCAAACGAUUCAAGCUCCAGGAAUGGUCGGGCAAACCCCGCCUUCUUUUCGCGGCCAACGGCCGUAAAGUCGUCCAAGUCAUGCCUAGCAACAUGAAGAGCGUGGAGCGCCUCGUCACUUUUGCGCACAGCAAGUCCAAGGUCGCCGCCACCGCCGUCACCUCAACCAGUAGUCUACAAAAGGCGUGUUUGUCUCGACGCCAGUGCUUGUUGCAGCUACACCAGGGCCCGGCCGACCGAACAGUGCGCGCGGCCGCUCAAGCCGCCCUGGAGGCAGGCUAUCGCACAACCGUUCAUGCCACCCUUGAUCUGGCCAAGUACAGACUCAAGGGUCUGGAGGUCAAGAGCACCUCUGGCAACGGCGAUUACUAUGUCGUGCUACGACGCCAAAAUGACGAGGAGCAUGUGUAUGCAGUGCAGCCCGGACCCUUGCAAUCAAACCAAAUUUCCAAGUUAUUGGCCCAGUCAGAGACGGGAGCCAUGCAGCCCUUGCAAAAACGAUUGACCAUUGUUCCCCGCAGCACAAAGCGAGGAUCUGCAUCGCGAAGCAGCAGUCCACCAUCGCCACCAACACCCGCCAGUCCCAAAACUGCAGAAACGGAAUCUGACGCCGUGCCUCCAAGCCCAUCACAGCACGAGCAGGAACGACAACGGCGCCGCCAAAUGGAUGACCAGGAUCUCAUCCAGGAAAUGACGGCCGAAGAGAUGGCAAGACUGGCUGGAGACACUGAAGACUGGGACGCCGACGAAGACGACUCCCUUUUCGAAGAAGAAGAAGAAGAAGAGGAAGAAGAAGUGGACCUCAUGUGA